AUGAUUUUGGGGCCAACCAAGUGUGACAUGUACACCGUGGAAUGGCAGAAGAGAGGAAAUCGACAUGCUCACAUUCUGAUUUGGCUAGCGACGAAAAUCAACUCUAAUGAUGUUGAUGCAAUCAUCUCAGCUGAGAUUUCUAACCCUGUCAUCGACCAUGAGUUAUAUGACAUUGUCAGCAUGAACAUGAUUCAUGGUCCGUGUGGGAUGGGUGUUGAUGGCCAUUAUGCGUGCCUACAGAAUGGGUCACGUAGUAGGGGAUUCCCUAAGCAAUUUGUUGAUGAGACACGGACCAAUGGAGACGGGUACCCCCUGUACAGACGGAGACGGCCUGAAAACAGUGGCUUCACCACAACAGUAAAGUCGACAAUCGGUGGGUUGUCCUUUACUGCUCAUAUAAACAUUGAAUUUUGCAGUUCCGUUAAAGUUAUAAAGUACAUUUGUAAGUACACUAACAAAGGCUCCGAUGCCGCCGUAUUUGGCCUUCAAAGUGCCAGUGGAAGGGAUGAAGUUUCUGAGUACUUGUUGGGACAGUACAUCAGCAGCAAUGAGGCUUUUUGGCAUAUCUUCAGUUUCCCCCUCCACCAAAGGCAUCCGGCAAUCGUGCAUCUGACUGUUCAUUUGGAGAAUGGUCAGCGUGUAUACUUUUCUGAGCACAAUGUUUCCCAGUUGACUGCCCUGCCGAAGGAGACAACUCUUACUGUUUUUUUUAUGUUGUGUCAAACUGACACAUUUGCAAAGUGUCUUAUUUAUCCGCAACUGCCAUUCUACUUUGUGUGGGAUAAAAACAUUUGGACACUAAGACAGUCGGGGGUUGAUGUAGAUGGGCAUCCAGGCAUUAAGUUUUCAGAUUGCCUCAGGAGGGUAUACACGGUGCACCCAAGCCAGCAGGAGUGUUUUUACUUGCAACUCCUUCUUCAUGAAGUUGUCGGUCCAGAAAGCUUUCAGGAUAUCAGAACUGUUGACAAUGUGUGUUAUGACACAUUUUGGGCAACCUGCUUUCAACGUGGGCUUUUGGAGGAUGACUUGCAAUGGGAUUCUACUUUGGCUGAAGGGGCUUUGCUAAACUCACCCAAAAGUCUUCACUAUUUUGCUCCAAAAAUGUGGGCUGUCCGAUCUAGCUUCUUUGUAGGUGAAGUACAGGGACCCUAUGUCCGAGGACUUUCUUUGAAUAGCAAAGCAACAGUGCCCUAA